UCUUAGGAGGUAUAAAAGAUCGGCUGCCCUGUCUGGCAGGUGCUCUGCUGACAGCAGCCUUCCUCCAGCAGCUCAGCUCCUCACACAGAUCCAAGGAGAAAAGAACAGUAACAAGGAAAAAUCUGCCCACAAUGCCACAAAAUGUUAUUCUCCAAGGACCGUCACCCUGGGGAUUCAGGCUCUCAGGAGGAAUAGAUUUUAACCAACCCUUAAUCAUAACCAGGAUUACCCCCGGAAGCAAGGCUUCAGCAGCCAACCUGUGCCCUGGUGAUGUUAUUAUAGCUAUUGAUGGUCUAGGCACAGAGAACAUGACACAUAAUGAUGCCCAGGAGAGAAUUAAAGCAGCUACACAUCAGCUUUGCUUGAAAAUAGAGAGGGCAGGAACUAAAUUAUGGUCUCCACAAGUUUCAGAAGAUGGCAAAGCACAUCCCUUCAAGAUAAAUUUGGAAGCUGAACCUCAGGAAUUCAAGCCUAUUGGUACAGCUCACAACAGAAGGGCCCAGCCUUUUGUUGCAGCAGCAAAUAUUGAUGACAAAAGACAGGUAGUGAGCUCCUCCUAUAAUUCUCCAAUUGGGCUCUAUUCAUCUGGCAAUAUUCAAGACGCGCUUCAUGGACAACUGAGGGGUCUCAUUCCUUACUCAUCGCAAAAUGGAUGCAGCACUCCUUCCGGGCUGGACUGUGGCAGUGGACGCAGCACCCCCUCUUCAAUUAGCACGGUCAGCUCCAUCUGCCCCACCGAGCUGAAAGCAGUGUCUAAGAUGGCCCCUAAUGUCCCCCUGGAAAUGGACCUUCCUGGUGUCAAGAUUGUACACGCUCAGUUUAACACACCUAUGCAGUUGUACUCAGAUGACAAUAUCAUGGAAACACUGCAAGGCCAAGUUUCUACAGCUCUGGGGGAAACACCUGUCAUAAGUGACCCAUCUCCCAACUCAGUGUGUCAGUCUGAUGUGUACAAGAUGCUGCACGCUAACCAGGAAGAGCCCAGUCAGCCGCGCCAGUCUGGCUCCUUUAAGGUGCUCCAGAAUUUAGUCUCCGAGGAAGAUGGGCGCCCUGUGGGAACAAGAAGUGUGAAAGCACCUGUAACAAAGUCACCUACUGCUAUGCCUGGUGUCCAGAAAGUGCCAUUAUGUGACAAAUGUGGGAGUGGGAUUCUAGGGACAGUGGUGAAGGCACGCGAUAAAUACCGGCAUCCAGAAUGCUUUGUGUGCUCUGACUGCGAUCUCAACCUGAAACAAAAAGGCUACUUCUUUGUGGAGGGCCAGCUGUACUGUGAAGCUCAUGCACGUGCUCGCAUGAGGCCACCAGAGGGAUAUGAAACAGUUACGGUUUACCCAAAAUGCUAGUCUUAGGUUAACACACAAAUAUUUGCAUGCACACAAAAAGGCUUUACCAGCUUAGAAUUGCAGUACAAGUGCCAGGACUUCUGCCUAAAUCCAAAGUAGCAGCUUUUAAACUUUUCCUUGUGGGAUUCUGAGAGAGGUGGAAGUCCCUAUUAUUCAGCAAUAGCAUAUUAUACCAGCAAAAUUCUGUUAAAAUAUUGUUUUUGAAACUGUCAAUACAACUCAAGAAAGUAUAAACUAAAACAGCUCUCCUGGAAUACAAAAAGUGAAACAGGUGAGGUAUUACGUGAAUGCAACAGCAUAUACAUAAUUGCUGUAACCAAGACAUUAUUUUUAACAUAAAUUAAGUAUCUGUGCAAUUACCAACACCAUCAAAGUCUUACAGGCUGGGCCGCUACAAAUGUAGAAACUUGACAGAUCAUUAGAAAAGCAGCUAUUUUACAUUAUAGUACAAACCAAGCAGUUGUUCAUGUCUGCUAUUAUUCAACUAGCAUUAAUGUACACCCCAAACAUGUUUUGCUUACUUUGCUCUGAAUUUGGGGUUAUAUUGCCUUAAUUUUCUGAUGCAGCAACUGUGAUAAAGAAUAAAUGUCAAGUCACACAAUAAAAUGGCUAGUUUAAUAAAGACUGGUUAGUAUGAAGCAAAACAAAAGUUCUAUGUUGUCGUAACAAUUUGCAAUGACAUCAACUUUCACAUCACUUUGCAGAAAAUGGUUUGAGGCAUGCACUCACAUGAAUUGUUUUUGGAAAAAGAACCUCACACUCUUAUAGGAAUUCAUUGCAAAUUGAGAAUGAAAGCAAAUUUUAAAACCUUUCUGCAGAAAAUGAUACUAGACUUUUUUUUAUCUCGAUUAUUGCUGGUAAAUUAAAGAUUGGACAGCUUCAAAAAUAAAUUAAUUAAACUAUGCAAAAGCAAGGUCUUUUUUAAAAAAGCCUGGUGAAGACCUAAGGAAUAAAAACCAAAAAGCUGAAAGAAUGUGGUUUCAUAAUCAAUUUAUAAACUUGUCAAGGGGUACAUUGCUUUCAGGUAGGUGCCCACUACAUAAACACACCUAAUGGGCAAACUGAACUUAGCAUUUUCAGAAAAUAUCAAAACAAGUCAUAAAUUCUUGGGGCAUUUUGAACCCACUUUAAAGUAGAAAAUGCGCAAAUUUUUGUGUCAAGUCCCAAGACUAGGAAAAAAAUAACAACCCAGUGACAAACAAUCUUAUAUACUUUUCCCAUUCUAUAAUGAAAGAAGCCUAUAAUACAAGCAGAACAUGGAAUCAAAAUAAGAAAUUAUAGAUACUUUAAAUUUAUUUUAAAAAUUCACAAGUCCCAAAGAUUGAAAUACAAGGUCCACAUAAUCAAAGACCUUUCAAAAUGUCUUAAAAUACUAUUUCAGAAUUCAAAAGUUUUUAAAAUGUGUGUGUCACUGCAUUUAUUACUUCCAUUUCUAUAUCAAAAGCAGAGAUUAAAAGAAGUGUUGCACCCUUUUCAAGGUUAGUUCCUGAAUUAUUUUUGGGUACAAAACAUAAUUCUGCUUCUCAGAUAUCAUGGAGGUCAUGUGUAGUAUUAAUAUUUUUCCAUUGAUAAAGCCCAUAAGAGUGAAAAUUCUUUUGCAAAUGAGAGUGUGCAUAUUGUCUAUUUUUACAAACUUAAAAUGUCAUUGGUGUUUACAAAUGUUUAAUGUUCAUGUCUUUGUGGAGUAAUUAAAGGUAAAAA